AUGCCGCUGGAUCCUGUGGAGGAGGACCUUCUUCGUUGGAUUGAUAGUCAAGUUCCAAGCAAGAUACCUCCGUACCGAAAGUGCCGCGGCUCAUGGAGACCGGAUUUCCUGGUUGAAGAAGACAGCGAAGGGGCACCUGGUUCUGUAGAAAACUUUCGAAUCAGUGAAAUUAAUGCUCGAUUUUCUUUCAAUGGAUUGAUGUAUGCAGCUUGCGGGCAACAGGCUUUGAAGGAGCAGGGUAUUGCUGAUGGAAGUAAUGGCUUGGUCAGUGCGACGGAGCCCGCAAAGAUGCUUGGCGGUAUUCUGAGUUUGUUCGAUCCCAACCUGCCAUUGCAUCUUCUCAAAGGUGAUGAACAUGGGAUUGACAUCCACAUGGUUGUGGAUUUGCUCAGGACACGCUUUGAAAUCAACCCUCGCUUCGUCCUGCCAACUGAUCUCAGGCUUGUGUCAGACCCAGAAGACAAGGAUAGUUACAGACUCUGCUGCGUGGUUAGGGAAUCCGAAUCUCAAGAAACUGAGCGCUUUUUGUCACUGAUCUAUCACAACGGAGAGGCCCUGGAAGAGAUCCAUCAAGUCGGUCUUGAGCUGCACCAGCGAGAACUGCGCGCUCUGAGUCCGGAGAUGCUCCGUCAAAUCAGCCUCAGAUGCUUCAAUGACAUGCGCACGAUUCUGCUGGUGCAUGACAAGCGGAUGCUGGGAAUCGUCAGGCAGGAACUCGACUCACUGGUAGAAAGAAACACCAUUACACCCGCACAGGCCAAGACUCUCAACAAAGGCAUUGCUGAUACGCUACUUCCUGGCUCAUUGGAGCUCGAACGCUUCAUUGAGUACUGCAAGAGGAAUCCGGGGCUGAAGAAUGGGUAUAUCCUGAAGCCAGUCCGAAGUGGAAAAGGAGAAGGGAUUGUAUUUGGCGAAGACCUUGACGCUGCGGAAUGGGCGUCAAGAUUAGAGGACUUGCGCUCCUCUAUGCUGGGACCUGGAACGUGCAUUGUCCAGCGCAGAGUGAAUCAAGUUCGGUACGAUGUGGUAUUAGAAGCGACGGGCGAAAUGGCUCGAUAUCCCCUUGUUGGGACGUACCAUUCGAUCCAGGAGAUAUCACGCACUGUGCCACAUCUGGUAGCCAACGAUCUCCGUCAUGCAAGUCAUCCCAGCCACAUCACAGAUGUAUCGAACACCCUCCGGCAAACCGGCAUCCUCAAGGUCAGUCUGCAAUUUGGGGAUGAUUCCAGCCACUAUCUCCAACAGCUCAUGAUUGGUCUCCACAAACACCAUGGCCACGGACUGCCUAUAACCCACAGUGCAACCCGCGGCUGGUUCUGGGACAUUCGACCCAACAGCACGACAUUCCAAACCCCUUCUCAUCAGGCCCGAUCCGAGACAAUGGAGGAGUUCCCUUGGCACACUGACUGUAGCUAUGAAGAAGCCCCACCCCGGUACUUUGCCUUGCAGGUCCUACGGGAAGAUCGAUGUGGAGGUGGUACUCUCUCCGUAAUGAAUGUCGGCAGACUGAGUUCCCUGCUGUCCACGUCAACUUGCACUGCCCUGCUCCGGCCCGAGUAUCGUAUUACUGUCCCACCCGAGUUUGUGAAAUGUGAUACAAAACGCCAUGUUGUGGGCGGUUUGAUGGCUACGGAUGCUGAGGGGCUGCCUAGUAUGGUUCGUUUUCGCGAAGAUAUCGUCACCCCGUUGACUGCGGAGGCGGCGCUGGCUUUGCAGGAGUUGAAGAAUUGCUUGCUGGGACAGAAGGUGGCUUCAUGCUCGGAGUAA